ACAAUAAUUUUUAAAAUGAACAGAGGAUUCAAUUUUGGAAGAAGGUGCUUUAAUAAUAUGAAAUCCGGUGCCAAACCUAGUUUCAGACCUUUCUACACCCAGCAAAGAGCAGCUAUGUCUUUCUUUAAAGUUAAUAAAAUGGCGUUUGCGACACUUCCACAACUCCAAGCAGCUAAAUUGGAGUCAAUGGCUAGCUUAACUACCGGAAUGAUUAACAGUAUCACGAUUGAAGGCAUCAGCCUUAGCCUUGACUGUGUUGAAGAGAACGAUGCAGAAGAUGAUGACGGUCGAUGGUAAACACGAAGAUUCUGCAGCUAGUAAAACUGUAAUAUCUUUGAAUAGAUAAAACUGGGGGUU